UAGGCAUUUCAAAGGUUUGUAUUGCAGCUGUCGCCACCUGAAAUCCUCAUUUGAAGACUCAAAUCACUAGCAAAAAAAAAGAAGAACUUACUAAAGAAGAAGGCAACGUCAACGAUUACAGAAGAUUGGUUCCCUGUGCAGAAAAUCUUUUUUGAAGACGUGGAAUGCACAAAAUAUUGGAAUAACACUGCAUUAAAAGUGACUCCUGAGCAUUUCUGAUAAAGACGCACCCCAGAGCAACGUCUUCUAAGCAAUAUCUACGGUUUCUGAAAUGACCACAUUGAUUGCAUCCAUGACGUCAAGAAAACAGACGUUUUCUUAGAGCCAAGGAACAGGUGCCGUAUUUUUGGCAGAAGCAACACAUUAGAGUGUGACACUGGCCUUUGUUACUGGUCAAUUUCCACUUCCCAAGGAUGCAAUUAUGCAAAUGUUCCAAUGCGCCAGUAAACGAUCACAGGUAACAGAGAUGUCCGACAAUGAGAUGUUCAAAGGAAAUAAUCUCCGGAGGACCAAAACAACGUUAAGACAAAGUGUUGCUUCGGUCUCUCUGAAGAACAACCCAAAAUGAAUGAGACCGUCACUAACAGCUGCCACGGUUGAAGAGGAAACUGAAAAUCAAACAACGUCCCAUUCCUCUUUGGGUACAAGACAAAAUGGAGAUUUACUUUAAAUUAAAUUCCAACUAAUUGUUUCUCAAGCACUGUGCAGGAAUCAUCCUGAGAUGAGGAAAUGUCUGAGUGAGCUUGAAAUGAAGGCUGAUCAGCACUAGCAAAACAUGUACAUGCUGCAGUAACCAUAUUGCUAACAUACUGUAUUAUAUUUUGUCUUUGACUAACUUCUCUUUGUGUGUCUCUGAAGACUUUGGUCUGCUCCAGUUGUGUCUGUGUGUCUGUGUGUCUUUGUGUGCUUCCCAUUUUGGGGUUACUUACUUUACACUGUUGUGUUGUAUCUUCAUUAUGUGUCCGUAAUCCUGUCGAAGUUCCAACCUGCCAUGGUGCUUUUGUCAGGAUUAAUGUUUCCCUGUCCUGUUUCCUCUCCUGCUGUCACGUUGCGUGUUAAGUCGGAGGUUCUGAGGGAGUUCACCCAGACGACAAAGGUAUGCAAGAAAAAAAGAAAAAGACAAUCCGAUAACACAAACGAUCCACCUUCCUGUAAGUGCAUGACUUCAUGUUGCGUUGAGUCGCAUGCAUCACGUGAUCAUCAUCACUGCUUGAAACUCGUCACCCAGAAUGGGAUGAGCCAACUUUGAGUGUCACAACAGAUGCAUUUCACUGUGACAUCUCAAACAACCUCCAUAUGAAUAAGAGCUGCAGCCUGUUGCUGGAUGGCACAGCAGUUGAUUGUCAUGAGUCUAUUUUUUAUCUCAUAGGUUAUAACAAAAAUGCCACUUUGACAACUUCCACACAAAUAAAUAUAAGGUAUAAUAUAAGGUUAAUUUGAGCAGUGGUCAAUGACGUAUUUAUACGGGUACAUUAUAUAAAAACAAAGCCCAUCACACUUAUCGUUAUCACAAAUUCAAUCACCAAAAUGUAUUAAAUAACUAUUAGUACUACCUUUCCGUGAUUUAAGAUAGCACUUUGAAGCCCUUUUAGCAUCUCAUUCAACUACUUAUUCAAUUAGCCAUGUCAUCCUAUUUUGCUGAUAAACCAAUGAAAGUCAAGGUGAAUAUCAGGCAAUACCCGUGUACAGCCAGUAAAUCAGCGCAUUCCUAAUUACAACAGAAAGUACUGAAGAGUGACAAUGAUGAUGUAAAACACAAGCAGGUACAUGGGUAAUAAAAAACGGGUAAUAAAACAGGCAAAACAGGUCCUGCUGUGUAACAGGUUUUAUGGGAGCUGAGCAGUGAUAGCAGGCCAUCUACUCGGGCUGUCACUGUCUCCACAAAAUCUCAAACAAAUAGUAGGUGACACACUAGUGCACCCUCCAACUUGCGAACACAUGUUCAAAUUUCAAAUAAAAAGUGACAGCCCUACCGUCGACAUGUUUAAACAUCUAAUGGCUGCAACAAAGGGCAUUUAUUUAACACUCAGAGUACCAUAUUUAUGCUAAUUUUCCUCCAUUAAAUACUUCCCGUUGACUGACCCAUGAAAUCAAUGCCUGCACGGCUUACACAUGCAGUUUUAAUUGCUAUCUCUAUUGUUUUUUACCGGCGCCUGUGUCAUCCUCGCUGUGCCACGGUGUGAACCCUAACAGAACAUAACUCUGUUCAUUCGCACUUGUCACAAGCAAUUCACCUCCAUUCCACUUUGGACUGCAAAAUGCUGGGGCAUCCUACUCAUUCCAUUCAGUACAUAUAUAUAUAUUCUAGAGUUAAUAUUCUGCCUAUUGCAGGUCUUUCAUGUCAAGUGAAAAUAUUUAAAGAGCAGGGAUCCCUGGAGCAGCAGAAUCCCUGUGAUCAGCAGCUGGUAUCAAGAAGAAGUCCAAAGUUCCCGGUGUCAUGAUAACACAGUUUAUGGAGGAACUUCCUGAGGGAAUGACAACUCCUGAUUUCACCCGCAAACCAAUUGCUUUGACUAUUCAAGAAGGUAAAUAUGGAUUUUUUAAAGCCAUUGUGGUGGGCACUCCCACACCUACUGUGACAUGGAGCAGAGCAAAUGGAGAAAUACAUUUCCACCCUGAUGUUUGCCUGCAAAAGUACGAUGAGUCAUCUCACGAACACACACUGGAGUUUCCUAAGAUUAUCCCAGAGGAUGCGGACACCUACAAGUGUUAUGCAACGAAUGAAUAUGGAAGAGCCCUUUGCACUGUUGUCUUGAAUGUUAUUGCAGUUGGAUUCUCUAAGAAAAAGGAAUUUCAAAAGACCGAGGCAAAAGACAUAUCUGACUUAAGAAAAGGCCUUAAAAAACGUAAUACUGAUGGAACACGUCAGGCAAAGAAAAUGGAGCCAGACGAGAAGGUUUGGGAAAUUCUGCUUAGCGCAGACAAGAAAGACUAUGAGCAGAUCUGCAUUGAGUACGGUAUCACUGACUUCAGAGGAAUGCUGAAGAAGCUCCAAGAAAUGAAGAGAGAGAGAGAGGCUGAGAUUGCAGAGUUUGUGACACAAAUCAGCACACUGAAACCUAUUGAGGUCAAUGACGCGAACUGCGCAACAAUUGAGUUGGACAUGGACCUCAAGGAUCCCACAAGCAAGAUUUUCCUGUACAAGGAUGGCGUCAUGGUUCCUUUCGACAUAGAAGCAAGCGAGACCGAGAAGCAUAGUUUGAAAAGAACUGGCAAAAAAUAUGUUUUUACAAUUAAAAAUCUGGGUUUAGGGGACGCUGGACUCUACUCAGUGGAUGUCGAGGGUGUCAAUGUAUUUUCCACAGACUUUAAAGUUCCUGAGGUCGAGUUUGCUGUCAAAAUACAAGAGGUCAAGGCAGAGGAACGGGAGGAUGCCGUCUUCCAAUGUGUCCUGACUGCACCCAUGCAUGAGAUUAAGUGGUAUGGUAAAAGUGCGCCACUGUCAAAUAGUGAGAAACAUGAAAUCAUUGUAUCUGAAGAUAAGCUGAUCCACAAGUUGCUUGUGCGGGACUGUAUGCCUUUGGAUGCCGGUAUCUACGCCGCUGUCGCAGGAAUAAAAUCAUGCAAUGCCUGGCUAAUAGUUGAAGCUGACAAAGAUCCUACAAACAAAGGCAAGAAGGUGGCGCGCAAAACUACUAUGGCUGGGGGCUGCAAUGAAGAAGACCUGACAAAAAUCGCAAAGGAACAGCAGGAAAAAUAUUUGAAGGAAAUGGAAGAAAAAAUUAAAAAUGCCAAGAAAACUCAAGAAGAGAGAAAUGCUGCAGAUGCAGCAGCACGGGCAGAGGCAGAAAUGGCCAGAAAGGCAGCGGCUGAGGAGAAAGCAAAGUCAAAAGGGUCUGGAAGAGCUGGUGGUGCUGGAGGAUCUGGCGCUGCUGGACAUGAUGGUGGCUUAGGAGGAGGAGCUGGUGGUGCUGGAGGAUCUGGCGCUGCUGGACUUGAUGGUGGCAUAGGAGGAGGAGCUGGUGGUGGUUAUGGUGGCGCAGGUGGAGGAGAGGGUGCAAGUGGCACUGGAGCUGGAUUUGGAGCUGGAGUGGGAGGAGGACCUGGAGGAGUGGGAGGUCAAGUGGGAGGAGCACCUGGAGGAUUGGGAGGUCAAGUGAGAGGAGGUGCCGGAGGAGUUGGAGGUCAAGCUGGAGGAGGUGCCGGCGGAGUAGGAGGUCAAGCUGGACAAGGUACUGGAGGACUGGGAGGUCAAGUGGGAGGAGGACCUGGAGGAGUGGGAGGUCAAGUUGGAGGAGGUGCUGGAGGUCAAGCUGGAGGAGGUUAUGGUGGAGUGGGAGGUCAAGCUGGAGGGGGUGCUGGGGGAGGUGCCGGAGGAGUUGGAGGCCAAGCUGGAGGAGGUGCCGGCGGCGUAGGAGGUCAAGCUGGAGGAGGCACCGGCGGCAUAGGAGGUCAAGCUGGAGGAGGUCCCGGCGGCGUAGGAGGUCAAGCUGGAGGAGGUGCCGGCGGGGUAGGAGGUCAAGCUGGAGGAGGACCUGGAGGAUUGGGUGGUCAAGCUGGAGGAGUGGGAGGUCAAGCUGGAGGAGGUGCCGGAGGAGUGGGAGGUCAAGCUGGAGGAGGUGCCGGAGGAGUUGGAGGUCAAGCUGGAGGAAGUGUCGGUGGCGUAGGAGGUCAAGCUGGAGGAGGUGCCGGCGGCAUAGGAGGUCAAGCUGGAGGAGGUGCCGGCGGCGUAGGAGGUCAAGCUGGAGGAGGUGCCGGCGGCGUAGGAGGUCAAGUUGGAGGAGGUGCCGGCGGCGUAGGAGGUCAAGUUGGAGGAGGUGCCGGCGGCGUAGGAGGUCAAGUUGGAGGAGGUCCCGGUGGCAUAGGAGGUCAAGCUGGAAGAGGUGCCGGCGGUGUAGGAGGUCAAGCUGGAGGAGGUGCCGGCGGUGUAGGAGGUGAAUUUGGAGGAGUACCUGGAGGAUUGGGAGGUGAAUUUGGAGGAGGACCUGGAGGACUGGGAGGUCAAGCUGGAGGAGGUGCUGGAGGAGUGGGAAGUCAAGCUGGAGGAGCUGCUGGAGGAGUGGGAGGUCAAGCUGGAGGAGCUGCUGGAGGAGUAGGAGGUCAAGCUGGAGGAGGUGCUGGAGGAGUGGGAGGUCAAGCUGGAGGAGGACCUGGAGGACUGGGAGGUCAAGCAGGAGGAGUGGGAGGUCAAAUUGGAGGAGGACCUGGAGGAGUUGGAGGUGGCGUUGGAGGUCAAGACCUUGGAGACGAUUUUGAGGAAUAUGAAGUGGACGGAGAAAAAAAACGCAGGAAGCGUGCAGGAGGUCAACUUGUUCCAGAUACAGCCAUUGGUCAGGAUAAUAUUGAUGGGGAAACUACAAAUCAACAAGGAGAAAAGUCUGGGAAAACAGGAACACGAUCUAAAAGGAAAAAUGUGGUCAUUAAGGAGGCUGUUGUUGACCCCGGAGUUCACUUUCAUGCUGGGCUUUCUGACUGUAAAGCUGUUAUUGGAGAAGCAGCAGAGCUGGAGUGUAAAGUGAGCAGUGAGGACUGUAAAGGAAUCUGGUACAAAGAUGGAAAUGAGAUCAAAACAUCUGGGGGUAUAACCAUUUCAAAAGAUGGAACUUUCCACAGGCUGAAAAUUCACAAAGUAACUGAAGAAUUUGCUGGAAAAUAUAAAUUUGAAGCGGAUGGACGGAAAACCGAGGCCAUAAUUGUUGUUGAAGACCCACCAAGGUUUGACGCUGAGGAACUGAAAGCCUUUGCAAAACCUGUAGCCGUGAAGAAAGGACAUAAAGCUACCUUCAAAUUACAUUAUGUUGGACGGGAACCUAUAAAGGUUCAGUGGUACCUUGAGGGCGAGGAGCUCUCAGAGGAAUCAAACAUCAAGAUUGAGAACGCAGAGGACUACAGCCGCCUGCUGUUAACCAAGCUGCAGCGCAAAGACAGCGGCGAGGUCAAGAUAAAACUCAAAAAUGAGUUUGGCACUGUUGAGGCCGUCACCGAGCUAGUUGUAAUGGAUAAACCUACUCCUCCGAUGGGACCUCUGGAGAUCGUUGAGGCGACUUCCUCCGCAAUUGAAUUCAAGUGGAGGCCCCCAAAAGACAGUGGUGGCUGCAAGAUUGGAAACUACAUGCUUGAACGACAACAGGUUGGCCGAAACACCUGGAAGAAGGUGGGGCCAAUUGGGCCCGAGGUCAAAUACAGGGACACUGAUGUGGACCAUGGCAAGAGGUAUUGCUAUCGCAUCAGAGCGGAGACUGAAAUAGACACCAGUGAAAUGAUGGAAACAGAAGACAUUCAAGCAGGCACAAAAGCAUACCCUGGAGCUCCAUCGGCACCAAAGGUGGUGAGUGCCUGCAAAAAUUGCAUUACCCUCUCCUGGUCUCCUCCCUCUGACACCGGAGGAACCAGUAUUCUGGGAUACAACCUCGAGAAACGCAAGAAGGGCAGCAACCUGUGGGGUCAAGUCAACCCAUCUGAUGACUUGAUAAGAGCUAAGGAAUUUGCCGUCAAAGACGUGAUUGAGGGCUUGGCGUAUGAAUUCCGUUUGACGGCAAUCAAUAACUCUGGGGCGGGUGAAUACAGUUCACCCUCUGAGUAUGUGUUUGCCAGGGACCCUAAAAAGCCCCCGGGGAAAGUCGUGGACUUGAAAGUGACAGAUUCCACCUACACAACUCUUUCCCUGUCUUGGAACGAACCCAAACACAUUAAAGGGGAGCACGAUGAAGCCAAAGGAUAUUUUGUUGAAGUUAGGCUUGCUGAAAACACGGAGUGGGAUUGCUGCAAUUCAAAUGCUAUCACCAUGACAUCCUACACAGUGAGAGGCUUGAAGUCAUUGGCCAUGUACUGGGUGAGGGUACUCGCUACUAAUGAUGGAGGAGACGGACUACCACUGGAGCUGAAUAAUUAUAUCCUUGCCAUGCCUCCUCCUGUGAGGCCACGAUUCACAGAUGCAAAAAUCAAGAGUUUCAUGGUGGUGAGAGCAGGGAACUCUGCACGAUUCAACAUUAACUUUGAGGCCUCACCUUGGCCGGAAGUCAUCUGGCUGAAAGGUGGAACUCCAGUGUCUAAGAAAGUGACCAUCAGCAAUGCAGAGGGCACAUCCCAGCUUCUGAUUCCUUCUGCUGAGCGUACGGACACUGGAAUCUAUACGAUCAUUGUUAAGAACAUUGUUGGCCAAGAAACAUUCAGCAUUGAAAUUAGAGUCACAGAUGAACCAAAGCCACCGGGUCCUGUGGAGCUUGAUGAAAACGUGCCGGGUACAGUGACCAUUUCAUGGACCGCAUCUCCAGAUGAGAAACGUGACGACAGGCUGCACUACAAGGUGAUGAAGCGUGACUCCAACAAAAGAUCAUGGCACACCACUGCAGAUCACAUCUUCAACAAUAGAUUCACUGCCUGCAACAUUUUGCCGGGUCGAGAAUACCAGUUUAGAGUGUAUGCAGAGAAUGAUAUGGGCUCCUCCGAACCAAGUGAAUCAACCAAAUGGCUCAUUCCCGCCAAAAAAGAAAAGUUCACUAUCAACAUACCAGAGUCAAAGACCUGUAAUCUGCAGACUACUCCCAAGUUCCUGGUCCCACUGAAACUGCACACUGCCCCUGACGGGUACGAAUGCUACAUGAGCUGUGCUGUACAAGGAGACCCAACACCUCACGUGACAUGGCUGCGCAACAAUCUCAGUCUCAACACCAACACUAACUACCUAAUCUCCAACACCUGCGGAGUGUGCUCUCUGCUCAUACUGAGGGUUGGACCUAAGGACACCGGAGAGUACAAGGUUGUUGCAGAAAACGCAUUGGGGAGGGUGGAUUGCUCCACUAAAUUGACAGUCAGAGAAUUUUAAAUGAACAUACUGAAGACGAUUGAACUGUUUUACCCCCCAAACUUAAGAUUGUGUUGUUUAUUCACAGAUACUACACACUGUCUUUAGAGGUUAGCUCUUUCUGUCAAAUGUAGAUAGACUGGUGAAUAUUCAUUAUUAAAGUCACACUUGUAGACAUGAAGCUCAAGUGAAAGUCACAAAAGGUGUUGAUUUCAAAAUAAAAUGAAAGCUUAAAUUGCCAAUGUGGGAGUUGUGGAAUGACGAUGUAUGAUCCAAGCAAAAAUGUUUACAUUACGCUAUGGGGCAGUGACUUAUUGAUUUGAAAUGUGCUUUUUAAACAGCGUUUGCCUAAGUAAUGCAGCUCACUCUAGCUAAAUUAUAUUCAUUUAGCCAUAUUUGUGGAUCUUUCCCUCAACUGAAACUGAGAAAACAUACUGACAUGAAAAGUGUUGUAGCAUGUCGCAUAAGAAACUGUGUGUGGGUGUUAAACAAAAUAAAUAAACGUUUCAUACUG